CGUCACACCGACUCUGUCCCCCAUUCAGGCUUCGCGUUCCCCGAGUGGGCGUACAAGGCGGAGUCGAGCCCCGGCUCGCGGCAGAUCCAGCUGUGGCACUUCAUCCUGGAGCUGCUGCGGCAGGAGCGCUACCGCGAGGUCAUCGCCUGGCAGGGCGACUACGGCGAGUUCGUCAUCAAGGACCCCGACGAGGUGGCGCGGCUCUGGGGGGUGCGCAAGUGCAAGCCCCACAUGAACUACGACAAGCUCAGCCGCGCCCUCAGGUAUUACUACAACAAACGGAUUCUGCACAAGACCAAAGGGAAAAGAUUCACCUACAAAUUCAACUUCAGCAAAGUGGUGCUGGUGAACUGCCCGCUGCUGGAAUUUGGGGGGGGGGCUCCGCUCCUGCUGACCCCCGCCCCCUGCCCCGGCCCCGAGUGCGCGCCCCUCACCCCCGAGAGACCCCCCGAGACCCCCGAGACCCCCGAGAAGCCCUUCCCGGGCCCCGGUCUCUCCGGCUACUCGAAGGCUCCGGCGCUUUUUGGGGCGGGGGGCUUCGCGCGGCCCCCCCUGCCCGAGUACCCCUGGGGGUGGGGGUCGUACCUGCCGCUGCCCCCGCCCCCCGCCAAGCUGCCCCCUCCCCCCGGGGGUCUCUACCCCCCCCCGUUCUACCUGCCGCCCCCUCCCCCCGCGCCCCCCGCGACCCCCGCCCACCCCCCCCAGGCCGGGGGGGGGGAGGGGUCGGACUCGGAGCUGGAGGUGACGGAUGGGGGAGGGGCGAGCUCGGGGGACGAGGCCGAGCCCCCCCCCCCAGCCCGGACCCCCCCCCCAGCGCAGACCCCCGCCCGCGGGAAGGGCCCCGCCCGCGCCUGA